AUCUGAACAUGAAUCAGAAUGAUUGGUUACUUUUGAACCGGAGACGGACAUUCCAUCUAUAAUGGGAGUUUCCUUUCCCAAAACUUUUUCCCUCCUCGAUCAAAUUAUCGAGAUUCAUCGGGUUCUGAAUUGUCCUCCUACUUUCUCUCAUGGUGCUUGAGGAUUGGGAUUUCAAAUAGAUCAAUCUCUCCUAGAUUUUCAACACUCCUCCUUUACCACUGAUUGCCGACUUUUCAGGAGCGCUACUAUUCUAAUAAUAUUUUCCUGUUCAAAUCCAUCAUUAUAGCCAUGUCUAGUAAACAUUUGUCUACUCUCCGGACCCUCUCUGAAGAGUUGGAAACCAAAUUGGAACCCGCCAUUAAAGCCUCAUUUGGAAUCAAAGGACGUCCCAUUAUGAUCACUCAGAACUCUCCCAAGCAAAUCCGAAUAACCAAGGAUGGGAUUGACAUUUGUAACUCAUUCUCGGGUCAUGUGCAUCCGUUGUUGGAUCACAUUCUCCAACACAUCCGUUGCCAUCACCACAUUCUAAAGUACUGCGAUGGUUCCAAAACGAUCGUGCUGAAAGUGGCAUCAUUAAUUCGUGUCUUGGACAAAAACCUUGGCAACAUCUCGUCAUCAACCAAUGACCACAUUCGGUUUUUGGGUUCAGUGAGCCGGGAAUUGGACCGUUUUCGAUCCCUGGCUUUGCCAAAAAUCGUUGAAAGCCUCCGAGUCUCAAUUUUGGAAUCCGCCGACACCUCAUUGUCAAGAUAUCCUCAAAGUAUUCACAAAUCAAUGAUCAAGGAGUUUCUAGACACUCGUUUGAAUCCUACAGUGGCAAGACAUUUGGUGUCAUUGAUUGCGGGACAUUUUGCCAAUCAUCAGAACAUUCAGGAAACAAUCCAACCUAUUUGUUUCGCCGUGGGCAACGCGUCCGUGGAUGAGUCAAUUUACGUGGACGGAUUUCCACUUUUUUCAAAUGGUCCCAAGAAGACCAUUCCAGAUCAAUUCUUCCACACCAUUGGCAUUUGGAUACCACAAGACUUGAUGACAGAAAACGCUACUUUUAACGCAAACGGUGCUCCAAUUGCUCACCACGAUUUUGAUUGGAAACGAAGGCUGAUGGAGCACUUCUUGACAGAGAUCCAACGACAUUUUGGGAUCACUCUUCUUGUUUGUACGUUUUCGUUUCCAGUUUUUGCCAGAUCAAUCUUGGCAGAAUUGCAAAUCACUGUCUUGGAGCAUGUACCUGAGGCCGAGUGCUUAAGUUUAGCCGACAAACUCAGAAUAUGUCCUUGGCGAG